GCGGGACCCUCAUGAAAACCCCUGGCCGGGUUUGAGCGCAACACUCCUGUUGCUGCCCCUGCCUGGAGCGCUACUGUCCAGCCCCCGUGAACGCUCCCCAAAGCCGUCACCGUCCUUCAGAAUGGCCAACCGGGGACCUGCGUACGGCCUGAGCCGGGAGGUGCAGCAGAAGAUUGAGAAGCAGUAUGACGCAGACCUAGAGCAGAUCCUGAUCCAGUGGAUCACCACACAGUGCCGCAAGGACGUGGGGCGGCCUCAGCCGGGACGCGAGAACUUCCAGAACUGGCUCAAGGAUGGCACGGUGCUGUGUGAGCUCAUUAAUGGCCUGUACCCUGAGGGACAGAUCCCAGUUAAGAAGAUCCAGGCUUCUACCAUGGCCUUCAAGCAGAUGGAACAAAUCUCCCAGUUCCUGCAGGCAGCUGAGCGCUAUGGCAUCAACACCACCGACAUCUUCCAGACGGUGGACCUUUGGGAAGGAAAGAACAUGGCCUGUGUGCAGCGGACGCUGAUGAACCUGGGUGGGCUGGCGGUAGCCCGGAAUGAUGGGCUCUUCUCUGGGGACCCCAACUGGUUUCCUAAGAAAUCCAAGGAGAACCCCCGGAACUUCUCAGACAACCAGCUGCAGGAGGGCAAGAACGUGAUUGGCUUACAGAUGGGCACCAACCGCGGGGCGUCCCAGGCAGGCAUGACUGGCUACGGGAUGCCUCGCCAGAUCCUCUGAUGCCACCCACCUGCCCUGCCUGCCCAUGGAUGGUUAAUAUAUAUGUGUAUAUAUAUUUUAGCAGUGACAUUCCCUGAGAACCCCCAGAGUUCUCCAGCUCUCUUCUCUGCUAGGGUAGGGCUCCAGCUUGCCCUUUACCCCUGGGGGUGCCUGAUGAGGGCUUCUCCUCCUGUGCUUACUACUACAUUCCUUCCCCUACACUCAUCUCCAAACUGGACCAAUUGGCCUUCUCUCUUUGGGACCAACAUUUGGGAGCAUUGGCUGCCCCACCUCCUCCCAACACCCUACCCCUUGCCCUUUCCUCUUUCCCUCUGGCCUCUCCUGCCCCUGGGCUGGUGCUCUUGAUCCAUCCCUUGGCUUAGAGUCAGCUGCUUUCUGAUGCUGGGCAGGCCUCCCUUCCACAAGUAUGUCUCUUCCCUCAGCUACAGCUGCAGGGACUUAAUUUAUAGGGAGGGGCUUGUGGCAGCUGCCACCCCAGCCACAGCUGGACUGUGCUCACCACACAGUCUGGGGCUGCCUUCCCUGGCACAGGGCCCCUUGGCUUCUCAUUUUCCAUUCCCCUCACUGUGGCCAAGGGGUGGGAGGGGUGAGACAGAGGAGGGAGGGCUGCCCACCAUGGUCUGGGGCUUAAGGAGGAGGAGGAGUUUGCUGAUUUAAAUAAAGAAUCCCAGCCUUUGUUUUUGGAUGAACUCUA